CGCCCUUUAAGAAUUGGCGCAUGCGCACACCGCCGCCGAAGUUAACUCCUGAACUUCGCAGGCAGAAGAGAAAAAAAUUGUGAUUAAUAAAAUCAGUGAGUUUGACAUGGCGUUCCGCCGAAGAAACAAGAGUUACCCUUUCUUCAGCCAGGAGUUCCUCAUUCAGAACCACGCCGACAUCGUCUUCAGUUUGGUGAUUUUCAUUUUGAUUGGCUUGAUGUUUGAGGCAACGGCAAAGUCGGCCAUACUGUUCAUUCAGCCUCAGUACAACAUCACCACAUUAACACCAGAGAGGGAGGUGACCACGUAUCAGUACGGCUGGAAGGACUGCGCCACCAUCCUCUUCUACUUCUUCAUCGCCAUCAUCCUCCACGCUGUGGUGCAGGAGUAUCUCCUGGAUAAAGUGAACCGCCGUCUUCACCUCUCCAAGAGCAAGAACACAAAGUUUAACGAGUCGGGCCAACUGUGUGUGUUUCACCUGGUGUCGAGUGUGUGGAGCUUCUACAUCCUGAUAACAGAAGGGUACCUCCUGCAUCCCAGCAGCCUUUGGGAGAAUUACCCUCAUUCGCAUCUCAG